AUGGGAUUGCGAAACGAUUAUAGAGUCUCGACAAUUGUAGUACUAUGCAAAGAUUGUGACCAAGAUGUAGGGUUAUAUCCUGCCAGACACAAGUGCAAUUCCAGCAACAAGCUACCACAGCUACCAACGCUUUGCUCGAGCACUACGACCUCAUUUGCAAACUGGAAUAGUCGACAAGAUGAUCAAGAUGUGCCAGACCUUGUGGAUUCUAAUCCCAUCUCAACCACUGUAACACGGCAAGCUUCGGAUAGUUCAAUGGAAAGCGGCAAAUGGAGCUUUUUUAGAAGUAGCAGCACAUCAGAUGUCAAAAAACAUUGCAAUGAUGAACAGGAACGCCCAGCUGACGAUGAGGAUGGAUCUAUAUAUUUCGAUAACUAUGCAUCCCAUCUCAAAAACUCUUCCUCUUUGAAUGAUCUCAGUAACACACCCUCUCCGAACGGCAAGAGACUAUGGGGUAAAAUGAAGGAAAAUGAAAAAUGGAAGGAGUUGAUAGCAGAAAAAAAAGAAUCAAAUAAAUCUGGCAAGCUUUGGGAGAGAAUCAUCCAUGCAACCAUGUCAAGCUCAGCGGAGGAGGAUGGACCAGAGUCAGAUGACGACGAUUGGGAGGGAGAAACGCAUGUGUCUAGAAUCCUUCGAGAGUAUCAUCAAAGUAUCGGUACAAAAUUAUUGCCUCCAUGGCUGUAUGAUGAUCGCACACCCAUCUCAGCAUUAGCCGACGUUCCAAGUACAGAGCAUCAUGUCAUACAAGAUCAGUUUAUGAAUCGCAAAAACUCAUCUCGCACUCGUCGAUUAUGGCAACCUGUAGAAACACAGCAAUUAUCAUCUAGAGAAAGAGAAUUACAAACAUUAAGAGGAGAGAAAAAGACAUCAUUCGAAGAGUUUUACUAUAAAAAGCCAUCUAUUCUACGUUCUCAAAGUGAACGCAUGCCCUCGCAUGCCUCGUCUCUGAGGAACACUCAUCAUGUCCAACAUCCAAAUAUGACAACUGAUGCGGAAUCUGAUCAAAUCUAUGGAUCCACAACACCUAGACGUAUGAACACCACUCGAUUGCCACCAUCUUCACUGUACCAACAUGAAUCUAAGCAUAAUAUACCAACAAACUCGCUGCCAAGACCCGUUAGAAAUAAUACUUAUUUUUAA